AUGGAAAAAGUUUCAAAGACAUUUGAUUAUUUGGUUAUUGGAGGUGGAAGUGGAGGUCUUGCUUCUGCUCGUCGUGCUGCAUCCUAUGGCGUUAAGGUCGGACUAAUUGAAGGCAGUGGCCGUUUGGGUGGAACCUGUGUUAAUGUCGGUUGUGUUCCGAAGAAAGUGAUGUGGAACUUGGCUGACUUGGCUGAGAAACUAAAGCUUGCCAACAAACAAGGUUUCUCCAUUCAAGGGGAAAACGCGUUUGAUUGGGAAUUCAUUAAGAAGAAGAGAGACGCAUACAUUACUCGCCUGAACGGUAUCUAUGCACGCAAUGUGGAAAAGGAAAAAGUGGAUUACAUCUCCGGUCAUGCCACGUUUCUUUCUCCUACUCAUGUCGCCGUCGAAAUGUUAGAUGGUUCAGGUACACAGAUUUACUCUGCCGAACGGAUUCUUAUUGCUGUUGGAGGUCAGCCAAUUUGGCCGUCUCACAUUCCCGGAUACGAGUACGGUAUCGAUAGCGAUGGAUUCUUUGAACUCGAGAAGCAACCCAAGAAGGUUGCCAUUGUUGGCGCUGGUUACAUUGCCGUCGAACUGGCAGGUAUUUUCCAAGCUCUCGGUUCUGAAACACAUAUGUAUAUUCGUCGUGACCACUUUUUGCGUGCAUUCGACCCCAUGCUGGGUGAAAACAUUAUGGAGCACUACGAGAAGAGUGGCAUGCAUGUUCACAAGAAUACGCCAGAGUUCAAGCGUAUUGAAAAGCUUGAUACCGGUGCCCUUCUAAUUCACCACGACGACGGAACCACUCGUGAGGUUGACACACUUUUAUGGGCAAUUGGCCGUAAACCUAAGAUUGCCGGCCUUAAUUUGGAUAAAAUUGGCGUUAAGUACAAUGAGAAGACAGGCUAUGUAAUCGUUGAUGAGUAUCAACGCACCAAUGUCUCCAGCAUCCUCUCACUUGGUGAUGUCUGUGGAAAAUUUGAGCUGACACCCGUUGCCAUUGCCGCCGGUCGUCGUUUGUCUGAUCGUUUAUUUGGCGGCAUCAAAGACGCUCAUCUUGAGUAUAACCAGAUCCCUUCUGUUAUUUUUGCACAUCCUGAAGCUGGUUCCAUUGGGCUCUCUGAACAGCAGGCUAUCGAAAAGUACGGCGAGAACCAGGUGAAGGUCUAUCGCACACGCUUUUUCGGUCUCAAUUACGCGAUGGUUGAUCCGGAGGACAAAAUCCCUACUGCAUACAAGAUCGUUUGUGUCGGUCCUCUUGAGAAGGUUGUCGGCUUACACAUUGUUGGCGACUUUUCCGGUGAAAUUCUUCAAGGUUUCUCUGUAGCUAUUAAAAUGGGUGCUACAAAGAGCGACUUUGACAACUGUGUUGCUAUUCAUCCAACUUCGGCCGAAGAACUUGUGACCAUGCGUUAG